CACAAAGCACCCAUGCCUCUAAGCCCACCACCAAACCAACCAACGAACCCAACGUCAUGGCCACACUCUCUACUUCUUCUCUCCUUUGGAUCCAUUCGCCCAAACCGAUUUCUCCCAAACUCGCUCUUUUCACUGCUACACGCUUUUUCACUCCAAAGAAGUCCUCCUCCAUUGUUAUGGCUGCUCCCCCUGCGACUACUGCUACCGAGGUGGUGCCAGCAAUUAUUGUUGGUGGUGGAAGAGUGGGAAAAGCAUUGCAAGAUAUGGGCAAGGGAGAUGAUUUGCUGGUGAAGAGAGGUGAAGCAGUACCGCUUGAUUUUGAAGGUCCUAUAUUGGUUUGUACUAGGAAUGAUGAUCUUGAGGCUGUGCUUGAGGCCACUCCUAAAUCUCGUUGGAACGAUUUGGUUUUUUUCCAGAAUGGCAUGCUGGAGCCAUGGCUUCAAAGCAAAGGUCUUAAUGAUGCAGAGCAGGUGCUGGCAUAUUUUGCUGUAGCGAAGCUUGGAGAACCUCCUAUUGAUGGCAAGACUGACACAAAUCCUGAAGGUCUAACUGCAGCAUAUGGGAAAUGGGCAUCUGCUAUAGCUACCAGAUUAAAUGCUGGAGGCCUCUCUUGCAAGGUUCUUGACAAAGAAGCAUUUCAGAAGCAGAUGUUGGAGAAGCUCAUAUGGAUUUGUGCAUUCAUGCUUGUUGGAGCUCGUCAUCCUGGGGCAACUGUAGGCGUUGCAGAGAAGGAAUACCGCUCUGAGGUGUCAAGCCUCAUAGCAGAGCUCGCAUCUGCUGCUGCAGCGGAGAAAGGUAUAACAUUUGAAGAAGCCAUGGAGGAUAGGCUAUGUGCUUAUUCUCGAGCUGUGGCCCACUUCCCAACAGCAGUUAAAGAGUUCAAGUGGAGGAAUGGAUGGUUCUACUCAAUCUCUGAGAAGGCAAUUGCUGAGGGAAAACCAGAUCCAUGUCCUCUGCAUACAGCAUGGCUCAAAGAGCUAAAUGUUGUGUAGGAGAUGAACUCUCAGACUUGUAAGCGUAAUCAUCGAUCGUAGUUUUGCUUCUACGAGUCGUAUAAUCAGAAUCUGACUAUAAUCAGAAUAUGACUUGUUUUGCGAAUUUAACUUGUUUUGCUUGUCAAGAGAACAUUUAUAUAUUAUAUACAAAUCUACAGAGCUUUUAAUCAAAGCUUUCUCCA